AUGGAUACUAAACAAGUAUAUUGGGCCAUCAUUGUAGCAUGGCUUACUUUGUUUGAAGGAAAAAUGAUGCUUGUUAAAGGCGAUCUUGAUUAUAAAGAGGCUCUCACCAAGUCCCUUAUAUUCCUAGAGGCACAACGUUCAGGGAAGCUCCCUCCAAAUAACAGGGUGCCUUGGCGAGGAGACUCGGCACUUGAUGAUGGAAAACUCGCUCAUGUGGACCUUGCUGGGGGAUACUAUGAUGCAGGGGAUAAUGUCAAAUAUGGGCUUCCCAUGGCUUUCACUGUUACAACGCUAGCAUGGAGUGCAAUGUUUUACAAGUCUGAAUUUGAAGCUGCAAAGGAAUUAAGAAAUAUUGAGGACGCCAUUCGCUGGGGUACUGAUUAUUUUAUAAAAGCUAGUUCUCGACACAAAAGAUUAUAUGUGCAGGUAGGGGACCCAGAAGAAGAUCACCACUGUUGGGUUCCGCCAGAAUAUAUGAAGACAAAAAGAACGGUUUUGAAGAUUGAUAGUAACACGCCCGGGACUGAGAUCGCAGCAGAAACUGCAGCUGCAAUGGCUGCUUCUUCCAUUGUUUUUAGGCAAUCAGAUCGUAAAUAUGCACGUCGUCUUCUCAACAAAGCUAAAUUGCUUUUCCAAUUGGCGAAAUCGCAUAAAGGAACCUUCGAUGGAGAGUGUCCCUUCUAUUGCUCUUAUUCCGGCUAUCAAGAUGAACUGAUGUGGGCAGCAACUUGGCUAUACUUGGCUACAAGGAAGUCUAUGUAUUUGAAAUAUGUAAAAGAAGAAUCCAUAAGUGCUGGUGUAGCGGAAUUUAGUUGGGACCUUAAAUAUGCUGGAACACAAACCCUUCUCACCCAGUUACAUUUUGAAGGUGAAAAGGAUCUAGAAACGUUCAAAAACCACGGCGAAAGUUUCAUAUGCUCUGUCCUUCCCGAGAGUCCCUACCACCAGAUUAAAUUGACUCCUGGUGGCUUUAUUCAUUUGAGAGAUGGAGCCAACACACAAUAUGCCACCAGCACGGCUUUCUUGUUCGUUGUAUAUAGUGAUUUGUUAGCCAAUCAUAAACAGAAAAUCACUUGUGGAGACAAACAAUUUAGCUCGUCCCAUCUCCUUUCUUUUGCUAAGAAACAAGUUAGUAUAGCACAGAUGGAUUACAUACUUGGGAAAAACCCUGAAGGAAGAUCGUACAUGGUAGGAUUUGGCAAAAACCCACCAACGCAAGCUCACCAUAGAGGCGCUUCUGUGGAAAAGGUGGAUAAGGGGGAGGAGUUCAAUUGUGCCUUGAGCUUCUCUAAAUGGUUUCAAAAAGAUGAACCUAACCCACAUGAACUCACUGGUGCCAUUGUGGGUGGACCUGACCGCAACGACAAGUUCAACGAUAAACGCUGGGAUUCACCCAAGACUGAACCAUGCACAUACGUUAAUUCCUUAGCAGCUGGAGCUCUAGCCAAGCUUGCAUCUUUGGGUUGA